UAAACAACGCAUUGCUUCAUAUUAAGGGUUUACGAUUUUUAUUUAUGUUAUUAAUUAAAGCGCUUUUACUUUCUAAAAAAUUGAUUAAUCCUCAAAGACAUUAAAAUUUUAUAGUUGUAUUUUAAUUUCAUUCAUCACUUGUUAAAAAUUCACUGAAGGAAUGAGUUCUCCAAUGGAUCCUGAGUUCGAGUUUUUGAGUGACAGCGAAGUCCCGACUUAUAGUUCUUCACUACUUGCCACCUUAUAUGUGCCUGAUUCGUUGACUCCUUACACUGAUGCAGUUAAUUCUAAGAAGAAAAUUGCACGUAUUAAGCGACCUAUGAAUGCUUUCAUGGUUUGGAGCCAAAUUGAAAGGAAAAAAAUUACAGAACUUAAUCCAAAUAUGCACAAUGCUGAAAUAAGUAUACAGUUGGGAGUAAGAUGGAAAAAAUUAACAGAUGAAGAAAGAAAGCCAUUCAUUGCAGAAGCAGAAAGAUUGCGUCGACUUCAUAUCUUAGAAUACCCAGAUUAUAAAUAUAAACCUAGGAAGAAAUUAAAAUCAGCUUCUCCUGGAAGUAAAAAGAAAAAUAACAAUAAGUCUAUCCCAAAUGAUAAACAAAGUGACCUAGUUUCUUCUGCAGUAAACUCACCUAAGAGUUCUUCCAUAAUAAAUAAAAUCCCUUCUCCUUCUAAUGUAAAUAUAAAUACAUCCUCAGGUGAUUCUAAAAAUUUGGAAACAUUACUUUCUGGUAAUUUGAAAGAUGCUACAAACAAUGGCUGUAAUCAAUCUGUAUUGAAUCCUGCUGAAAAAAUGAAAUCAGAAAAGAGUUUAGAUUUAGAAAAACUAGAGCAAAAUAUUAAAAUAAAUAAACAGCCUCUGAAUUCUUUCUCCUUUUCUCAAUGUGAUACUAAGAUAACUAUUGACAGGAAACUUCGUGAAAGUUUAAAAGAAAAAAUUACUCCUCUAGAUGAAGUAAAUUGCGACAUUCAAAAUACUAAUAAAACAAUUGCUCUAGAAAAUUCUGUAUCAGGACCUGAAGAUAAUGUUAGCCCAAUAAAGAAAACACCUGAGUAUCAUAUAGAUGGGAAUUUAACAGCAGGGUCUAUAUGUUACAUGGCUCAUUCAAGCAAUGACGAAUGGUCUGAAACAUUUGACUUUUUAACUGACGCUGCUUUUCGAAAUGCAAAAGAUUCAGUAAAGGAAAUAAAAAAAUUAGCCCAAAAAUAUAAAAGAAUAAAGGCAGAAACUGAAAAGACUGAAUAUGAAUCUCCUCCUUGGAAGAUUCCAGAUUUAGAUAAACUUUUGGGUGAAUACUGGAAUGAUGCUACUAAUGAAUUUGAUGAUUUUUAGUUGUUUUAAGUUUAUACAUGGAAUUGUUUACUUAAAUUGUAUGUGGUAAUUGCAUAAAAGCCAUUCAUAAGUUUUUUUAUUGCUUUUUAUUAAAACAUAUUUUCUGGAA